AUGGAGGGUUUCCAGCCCUCGCCCGCAUCCAACGACAGUCCCACGCGGCCCGUUCUCAAUCGCCCGUUCUCUGACGGCUCGAUGACCGUCGACUCGUCCAUCCUCAGCUCGCUCAUGAACCCCGUUCAGUCGUUCUCAUUUGGACCCGGGUCAAUGUCGAAUCAGGCUCCGUUCGACUACAACAUGGUGUCGCCACAGCAGCAGGUCAUCGAUCUUCCUGGGGGCACCUCACCCCACAGUUUCCAGCCUCACGCCAUGUUUGGCCAUCUCAACUUUGGCGCCGAGAACCGCGAGCCUCCCAUACUCUCGUCGUCCCUCGACAACAAUAAUUCGGGCCUGAACCUCGAGACGACCAAUCGGUCGCGAUCUCAGUCGUCUUCGCGCUCAUCCCACUUUGGCAAAGCGCCAGUCCCUCGUUCUCGUACUGGUCGGAAGCUAUCGAUGAACGAGACUAAGCCCAAUCUCUCAUCCAUCCGGGGACGCACUAUGCAGCCUCCUCGCUCGAUGUCAUUCCAGACUGACACGAAGCCCAACCUCAUCAAUCUGGGUCCGCGUCACAAUUCAAUUACGUCAGCCGAGUAUUCAUUUGAGCCGCAAUACGGCAUUUCCAUCCCCCGGAACGACUUUGGGAGAACCCUUUGGGGUCCUUCUGGCAGCGCGCCGAGCGGCAUGGACUCUCUGCCGCCUUUUGGCACAAGCGCUGAUGGCACCGCCCCACUGGAGAGCCCAAUGACUCCAGCGCAGAGCGUCCAGGCUCUCCUUGGCGAUGAGAGCCGCAAACAGAGACGCCGCGAAUGCCACAACCAGGUAGAGAAGCGCCGCCGGGAGCACAUCAAUGCGAUGAUUGAAGAGCUCAACAAACUACUUCCGCCACGCUUCAAGAACCCUCUGGACCCUGACGUGGCCAUCGAGGACGACGAGGAUGACGAGAAUGGGCCCGAAUCGCCCGUGAAGAAGAAGAAAUCGAAGCGUGCUGCGUCGACUUCCAAGCAGCAGAAGGAUGCGGCUCAAUGCAAGGGCCGCAUUCUAUCGGACAGCGUCCAGUAUAUCCGUGAUCUUCAGAACGUGACGUCUCAGCAGUCGUCGCGGAUCAAGUACCUUGAGAGUUUGAUCAGCCAGGGUGCCAUGUCUGGUGGGCCCCUCGACGGCCCGUCGCACAAUGCCUAUACGUCGGACACGUUGGAGGCAAUGGGCGCGAGCCCAGAGGAGCCUGAGCGUCUGGUUUCAGUUAAUCAGGCUGGUUGGAACAACUUCAACUCUGCCACAAACAUGCUCGUCUUUGAGCCAUCUCCGACCGAUGCGUCCUCGGGACCCGAAGCCCACCGCUCGACGCCCUUAUCGUCAGGCUCUCCCGAGACUGACAGCAAGGACGGCGUCGUGUGGGCGGGCCUGAUGGAGCUUGCCGAGGAGACGUCGCAUCCUCGCAAGAACUCGCAGGCCGAGCUUCAAAGCUCAAUGAGCAACAUGGACUUAGAUGUGGGAAUGGACGACCGGAGGGGGUGGGCAUUUUAG